CAGGCGCUAGGAGGACUCACCCUCAGGUCCGGCCGGGGGUGUCCGAGCCGCUGCGGCGCGAGAGGAGUGGCCGGAACUGCUUGAGACACAGCAAGAGACGGAACAAGGGAGAGGGAAAAGCAGGCUUCCCGCGGAGCACGGAGCCCAGUGCGGGGCUGGAUCCCAGGACCCUGGGAUCAUGACCUGAGUUGAAGGCAGACGCUUAACAACUGAGCCACCCAGAAUAUCCACGUUUCACUUUCGGUGCUUAUCAAAAGUUUUAAUUCAUCAUGGAUAAUCUGUCAUCAGAAGAAAUUCAGCUGAGAGCCCACCAGGUUACUGAUGAGUCUCUGGAAAGUACAAGGAGAAUCCUGGGUUUAGCUCUUGAGUCUCAGGAUGCAGGAAUCAAGACUAUCACUAUGCUGGAUGAACAAGGGGAACAACUAAACCGCAUAGAAGAAGGCAUGGACCAGAUAAAUAAAGACAUGAAAGAGGCAGAGAAGACUUUAACGGAACUCAACAAGUGCUGUGGCCUCUGCGUCUGCCCAUGUAAUAGAUUCUCAGAUGUUCGUUGUUUCUAUGAAACCAGGACAAAGAACUUUGAGUCUGGUAAGGCCUACAAGGCAACAUGGGGAGAUGGUGGAGACAACUCUCCUAGCAGUGUCGUAUCUAAGCAGCCAGGCCGAGUGACCAAUGGUCAGCCUCAACCACCAGCCACUGGAGCAGCUAGCGGUGGCUACAUUAAACGUAUAACUAACGAUGCCAGAGAGGAUGAGAUGGAAGAGAACCUGACUCAAGUGGGCAGUAUCCUAGGAAACCUAAAGAACAUGGCCCUAGACAUGGGCAAUGAGAUCGAGGCUCAAAAUCGACGAAUAGACCGGAUCACAGAAAAGGCUGACACCAACAAAGAUCGUAUUGAUGUUGCCAAUGCCAGAGCAAAGAAACUCAUUGACAGCUAAAGCUGCUGCUGUACUUCUUUAUCGUGUAUUCACUUCUCUAGCUCCUCCUUCAAAGUCAUUAUCUUUUCAGAGUUUGACGUUUUGGUUCCACGCUCUUCUAAAUCAGGAGAUAAUGUGCAAGAAGGCCAGGAGUACAGACCCCCUAUUCUUUUACGUUCUCUUUCCCUUGAGGGUACACUACUGCUCAGCCUUCCUUCUAGUACCUUUUUUUUUUCUCGGUCCAUAGUCUUAGACUGGUUUUUGUACAUCAUAUAUAGUGUUAUUUUUCAUCCUCCUCAUUUACUUUAGCAGGUUCUUUUGCUUUCAAGAUUUGGAAGCAUUGCCAAAGACAGCCAUGAAGAAGGAAGUUGGAGGCAGGGGGAGCACAAGGAGGAGAGGCGAGAGAGAAGAGGUUGUUACCGCAGUAAAACCUGCAGGCCACAAAGCAAAAGUUGCAUGGCCAGAGUAAAGAUCUAGUUGGGUUUAAUUUUUCAUUUAAGUUGCAGUUAUUGCCAAUUUAGGCUAAUACUUGGUUUGGGAGCUUUUAUACACAAUAUUUUUGUUAAUCAUCACAACUUGGCAACCUCGGCUCCAAAAAAAUAGAAUGACUUUUCUCAAAGUGGGCUUAGUUUCUGAACAUUUGGUGAUUUGUGUAUGUACAUAGACAGUGAUCCCAUUUCAUUCUGCACCAUACAGGAACACUUUGUAUAAAUGAAUGACUUUUUAUUUUCACAUUAUUAGUAGUAUUAUGGUCCCAUUACAUGCCUAUUAACCUCUUAAAUUUGUCAUUAG